AUGAUAGAAGAUGUACAGCAAGGGUAUGGGUUGGAGCGUCCUUUACACGCUAAAAGAAAGCGCUCUUUGCCCCCAACAUCAGUCUUCAACAUAAAUUCAUCGUUGUUGGAGUUAAGCCAUCAACAUCCACAUUCUGUUGAGGUGAAUGAUGCUGGGCCAUCGUCGCCACAUAUACAGGGUUCUGAUACGGUGCGUGCUACAUCAACGGCACCAUCUCCAGCGCCGUUUGAAAUGGUCUCGCCAGCACCCUCUCUGGUGGUCUCAGUGGUUGAGCCAUCGACGCCUGCUACGUCAGAGUACUUGGAGGUCCCUUCACCGGCGAUUGAAGAAGAAGAAAGCGAUGGGGAGGAUGGCCAGGAAGAGGGCUCUCCCAUUAUGCUGAUCCCGAAAUCAUUAAGAAUGUUUCUCGAGGACAACGAAGAGGUGGGAAAUGCAUCGGCAGAGCUCAAUUUUGCAUGGCCUCCUUCAGCCUCUACCUCGGGAUCUGCAGCACCCAUCCCAUUAAGACCACCACAUGUGAAACAGUCCACUGGCUCAACACCUGCCCCUAUAAUAAUCACACCGCUUGUAGAGCAGGCAGACCAGCAGGCCCAGCACCGGCCCGUGUAA